UUUCCUCUGCUUCCAAGACAGUAGACUAGCAUCCUCCCCGUAGGGAGCAAAAAACGAUAAGAGCCAUGGCGGCGACCUUCUGCGCCGCCGGGAGCCCCACGCUGCGCCGCCCGCGAACCCUCGCCCCGCCCGCCGCAGCACCCGCUCGCGUCGCUCCCAGCAGACCAGCCCCCUCGCUGCUCUCCCUCCGCCGCUCCAAUGCCGCGCCGCCGCUCCGUGCCGCCGGCGCUGACCCCAAGAUUGUUAACGGGGAAGAUUUUCCUCCUAUGAAAGAUCUAAUUCGUCUAUACAAGAAAGCUUUUUUAGAUGGAAACAAUGAGGCUCUUGGUGGAAUUGAGAGUGCUAUCAUUGCCAUGGAGAAAGAGAGGAGUAGUUCAGCUGCUCAGUUGGAAAGUAUUACAACUGAAAUUACUUCAGGGAAGGAUAAGUUCCUCCGCAUAAAUGCUGAUCUGGAGAAUUUCCGGAAGCAGACUGAAAAGGAUCGUGCUAGGUUUACCUCAAAUAUACAGGUGGAAGUUGUUCAGAGUCUAUUGACUCUGGCUGAUAGUUUUGAGAAGGUGAAUCAAGAGAUCACCCCAGAGACCGAAAAAGAGCAGAAGAUUAGCACAAGUUAUCAAGGCAUAUACAAGCAGUUAGUAGAGACAUUGAGAAGCUUAGGUGUAGGGGUUGUGGAAACAGUUGGCAAGCCAUUUGAUCCUUCGAUUCAUGAGGCUAUCGCACGUGAGGAAUCGCAUCAGUUCAAGGCAGGUAUUGUCUCACAUGAGGUCCGGCGUGGGUUCCUUCUAAGGGAGAGGCUGCUAAGGCCUGCCACUGUGAAGGUCUCAACCGGCUCUGGCAACCAGGAGACGAGCUCCCCAUCUUCAGAGAAGCCUGUGGAGGAUAGCAAAGAAGAUGCUGCUGUCUGAAUCUGCUGGAAACUGGAAUUAUGUAAACCCAAAAUACUGGCACCAAGCCGCCAACAACAUCAGUAGCAAGCUAUAGCUAGAGCACCACUCAUUGGGAGCUCAUUCUUUACUGUUCAUACCAUGCGGAGGUUUUGUGUUCCAAAUGAGUGUCUUAUAUGUACAUUUUUCAUGGCGAUUUCAAGCUGCCAUCUUAAAUGAAUUCUUUUCCUCAUGUG